CAUAUCAGCGAAGAUUGUAACCUUACUCUCUCUCUUGUGUUUCUCUUCAAACAAACACACCGUAAAGCAGCAAAAACUCAGCAAUACCCCCUUGUCACCAGAAACAAGUUUGAUUCCCACUGAACUCCACUCGCCGGAUAAACGCAACCGCAGUUCGUCAUCAACCGCCAAUAAAGAGAUAAAAGUGUGAUUACGAAUCUGAAUGGGGUAUCUUCAAUUUGGAAGACAUGGUGUUAGGCAGAUUAUUAGAUUUAAAGAUGCUGUUAAUGUUAAUGAUAGUGUUGUGGUGAACCGACUCAUGUAUGCAUCUCAAGGAUUGCGUUACAACAGGAAGCUUCAAGUCAUUCUUACAACUAACAUAGAUAAGCUGGGAAAAGCUGGUGAAACUGUCAAAGUUGCUCCUGGAUUUUUUCGCAACCACCUAAUGCCCAAGCUCCUUGCUGUCCCUAACAUUGAUAAGUUUGCUUAUCUCCUCACUGAGCAGCGCAAGAUUUAUCAACCUACUGAAGAAGUGAAGCAAGAAGAUGUCGUUGUUGUUACCGAGUCAAAGGAAGAUUUGAUGAAAGAGUAUGAAAGGGCCGGACUGAUUCUUGAUAAAGCUAAGCUGGUCUUGCGGAGGUUAAUUGAUGUUAAAAAAGCGAAGGCACGUGAAUCAAAAGACGAGCCCUUGGAGUUACAGAUACCAGUGUCAAAAAAAGCUCUUGUGGCCGAGGUUGCAAGACAACUCUGUGUGAACAUCACAGCUGAAAAUCUGCAUCUUCCAACACCUUUAUCGACCAUUGGAGAAUAUGAGGUGCCACUACGUUUACCGAGGUCCAUCCCUUUGCCGGAGGGCAAGCUUAAUUGGGCUUUGAAAGUUAAGAUCCGAAGUAAAUAAGUUAGUUAUCUUGUUGAACCCAAGUUUACAAGGGUUCUGGUUUAUACUGAUAAAUUCAACUUGAGGAUUGCAGAAGUGCAACCCUUUUCUAACCGUAUUCUUUGUCCUUAGGUGAAAUCUCUUAUUGUGUUAGCAUUCUCUUUUAUAAAACUUUCUACUUGUCAAAUGUUUCUUCUGACUUGCAAAUGAUUUUGAUCCACCCAGUUCUGUCUUAAAAUAAUCAUCUUCGUAUCCAAUUCGGAUUUUGAUGGAAGUUUUGUAAUUUACCCCUUUUGGAGGAAGUACUACACUUCUCAA